UUCGUUCAUUUGGUGCACGUUUCAGAAGUUCACAUUCACAAAUACCAGGAAGUAAGGCAUUCAGACUGAAAGCUUUGGUCGAUGGAAGCGAUUUUCGCGACGAGAAAAUUAAUUGGAUGCGUAGCCCUUUUUCUCACAUUGGCACCAUUUAAUUUUACUGUGUCUCUUUGUUCUCUACGGGACGCUUCCUCUCAGAAUUUAUUGCAAGUUUUCACGAGGAGUUUGGUUUUAUAGUUUUUCCCCCUGAGGUCUGCAGGUAUUUGAAAAUCUGUAAUUAACACCAGGCGAGUUGCACCCCGUUUUAACCGUCCCAUCUCGAGGAAAAAACGGGGCCGGUCCUUAACGCCGAAGCGUUUUUUUAUUUUUUUUAUCCAAUAGCACACUAAAUGCUUAGUGAUUGACAGAACGCUCAGUAUUUAGCUUUCCUGUCCCUUUACCUGGCAGAAAAAAAGAGAACUCUGCAGAGGAUUGAUGGUUUGCAGGUGGACAGGAUGAUGUCUCAAAUCUGCUUGAUGGGGACGCUGUGCUCCCUGAUGCUCCUGCCAGGUUUGCUGGAAGCCACUUCUCUGAUGAAAAUCGUGAAACAGGAAGAACCAGUUGCAGCGAUCCCUAUUGACAUCGACUCGACCCAGGCCAACGGGUUCCUGUCUCACUCCCGACCCAAACGCAACGCGGACCCGCGGUGGUACCGCAACUCCCCCGACUUCCAGGCCUACUACCGCUACUACAACAGCAUCGGACACGUGGAGGGGCUAUAUGAGAUCGACCGCAUCAGGAUGUUGUACCAGCAGAUGCGCAGCUUGGAGCACACGUACGGCCCCAACGCCUCCCUCUUCCAGAACCGCCUGGGCCUACCGUCCGCCAAGUGCGACCCAUCCAAGGACAAGAAGUGCAAAGCCCCGCCCCCGCCUCCGCCCCCGCCCAGCACGGCUCCGCCCCCUCCCCCGCUCUCUCAGGCGGACGUGGUCUACCUGUGCAACGUCAAAGACCCGCUGUGCAAGCCCCACAUCGUCUACCUCCCCACUGGUUCCGUGCCGGUGCUGUGUGACCCCCGCUAUCACCCCGCCUGCAAACCCAAAAAAUCUGAGGCUCCUGCGGGGCCUGCCCCCCCUCGGCUCCCCCCUCCUCCUCCCAAAAAAUCAGCCCCUGCCCCGCCUCCUCCCCCGCCCCCUCCCAAAAAAUCAGCCCCUGCCCCGCCCCCUCCUAAAAUAUCAGCCCCUGCCCCGCCUCCUCCCCCGGCCCCCAUACACACCUACAAAGGAAUGGAGUACGACUGCGACCCGUACUGGGACCCCGACUGCCUGAUCGAUCACCCCCCUCGACCAAUCAAAGGGAAGUCUGCUCCCCCACCCCCACCGCCCCUGCCUGAGACAGAGGAGGAGGAGGAGAAGGAAGAGGAAGUCGUGGAAGAACCAGCGCCUCCUCACAUCAAGAAAGGGAAAAAAUCGAGCCCUUAUCCCUACUACCACCACGAGCUCUACGACCCUUACCGCUUCUCGUACCCAGCACCAGACAGCCAGUAAAAGAGCAGCAGCCUGUCACUCAAGUAGAAUAUUUAAGGCAAUCUGACAGGUUUUCCUUUUUUUUUUUUUUUUUAAGUUCCAAAUGCUAACAGAACUGGGGAGAAAAGCUUAACUGGCCAUGACAGCUGCUCUGUUCCACUACACAUGAAGCUAAUGGCCAGAGCUGAAGUCUGCAGCCAGUGAAAAGCUCCAAGACGUCCGACAUUUCAUUUUUCUUCUAACCCUUUGGUUUGUUUUAGACCAUCUCUCUGGAGAUAUCUGUUAUAUAAUUGAUAUGUUAAGCAGAAAUUCAGUAUUUAUGUUCAGGUCAAGUAACCGACAAAAAGACGAGUAUUUUUAUCCCAUGAGUAAUUAACUACAGCGUCAAACUACUAUAGUGUCAGUGGUUUUUUUUGUUGUUGUUGCAAUACCUUAAUCAAUAUACAGUGACAAUAACUGUUUUAAUGACAAGAGAAGUUAUGCAAGUCAUGAUGAUAGUGAAAAUGAUAAAUGAAAAAUAAAAGUUUUUUGUGUAUGGUUUGGAAUCUUUUUUUUAUUUUUUAUCUGUGCCUUGGGGAAAGUAUGCAUGAGUACCUGUGUCCUCCAUUUUUAUUAUUCUUUCAUCACGCGUGUGUGAGAAGAGAGAGAGCGAAAGAAAGGCAGGAUGAGAGAGUGGAUAAAAAGCGAGGGAUAUGCAAAGGGACCGAGGGCCAGGCUGAGGGGUAACCUAUAAAUGUGUGAAAAG